CCUCAAAUUCAAGGAAAAGACAACAUGACGAUAUGAAUAAACUCAAACAAACGGUGAUGCAUAAACUUAAACAGAAACAAAAGCAGAAACGCAAACAUAACCGAAAAACUAGAAGUUUCUUAAACAGCGGCACAUUGAGCAAUUAAUUUAUAAAUCAAACACUAUAACAAAGCACUAACGAAAAGAAAAGUAUGCAGUAAAAUUUGACUUGAAAAAUGUAACUUGAAAGUACAACUAUUAAGAUUAGAUCAGGACAGUAGAACCAAUAUUAGCCGGAAGGCAGCAACAAAACCCAUAUAAGAUAUUUGUCAGCAGUGUAUACAUUAAAUUUGGUCAAAUAAAUAUUCAAGCCAGGACUAAACAAUAAAUAAGAAAUUGUUGAAAAUUAGAAUAAAGGACUCGGAUAGCAGACCUCUCAAAGAAAGGAUGAUAUUAACACAAUCAUUUUCUGGAUUAGGACAUCAAUUAGCUAAAGAACUAGCAUGCAGAGGAUGCAGUGUAAUAAUAGCUGAUAAAGUAGAUGCAAGACGCACGGUGGAAGAUCUGAUCAAAGAAACGCAUAAUCCUAAAAUAUCCCAUCGAAUAGUAGACUUUGGUUCGUUUGCAUCAGUACAAAAAUUUGCAGAAAACUUGAAGAACGAUAUUGAUCAGUUGGACAUUUUAUGUAAUAAUGCUGGUACCGGAAUAUUGACAAAUGAUUUAACAGAGGAUGGUGUGCAGAGUAUGAUGCAGAUUAAUUACUUCAGUCACUUUCUAUUGACUCAUUUAUUACUCGAUUUGUUACUAAAAUCAACGCAAGGCAGAAUUGUGCAUACAAGCUCCAUGGCCGCUUACCUAGAGGACUUAUCAGAGGAGAACUUAAGCUUUAGGACUUACAGCUAUAAAACUCCUCUGUGUUUAGCUGCAUAUGGGAACUCAAAAUUAGCCCUGGCUAUUAUGUCAAAAAUAUUGUCCGAAAAGCUACGAGACACUAGAAUUACAUCAAAUUGUCUUCAUCCUGGUAUUGUUAAAACCAAAAUUUAUGGAUGUACAUUUUCAAAUAAAAUUGUAACGGGAUAUCUCCUCUGGGUUUGGGCUAUGCUUUUUGGAAAAAAUAUUGAAGAAGGCGUGCAAACCAUGUUGAAUUUAGCUUGUGCCGAUGAACUGGAAACGAUAUCAGGGGAAUUCUUUAUGGAAUGUAGGUCAGUGCUUCAACCAAGCAAAGUAUAUGACAAGAAGUUCUGUACAGCGAUUUGGAAUUUAUCAGAGAAGUAUGUGAACUUGCAAGAAAGUGAAAAGAUCGAAGCUGUCAUCAAUCGUAGUAAAUAAUAAUAAUGAAAAUGUUUGCGUAAUGUUUUUAAGAUACAUAUAGUUGACUAGUAUAUUAAAAGAACUGCAAAUGAAAAUAUUCUAAUUACAGUUACAAAAAUCUGCAAAAGCUCAAAACAUUAAGUAGCUUAUGUUGAUAAUUUCAUACACAACUAGCAGAAAUAUCUGCGAAUGUUGUGUAUGAAAACGAAUGCGAAAAACAAUUCUUAAUAUUAGAAAGUUGAACAACACAAAAUGCGUGCUAAGUUGCGGACAACACAAAAAUUUAUGAAAAUGAAUAACAGCAUGUUCAUAAUUAGUAUGAGUAUGUAAUCAACAGCCACCCAAGAGUAUUACGGGUUAAAGUAUUACGGAAAAAGUAUUUAACACACCAAAUAUGAAAUUUAAAUUUCUUGAAAUUGGUGAUUUCUCGGGUUUUUCUGGGCAGGAGGGAAAAUUAUGUUUUACGAGAGGCCAAAAACCCAUAAAAUUCACCAGUUACACACCAAAUAUGAAGUAAAAAUUGUGGAUUAACAGUCCAAUAGAAAGGAAUAUACCAAAAAUAUGAAAAAUAUUCCUUUCUGAAUGAGUUCGGUGAUGACAUUAGUUUUUCCGCCAAGGGUUGUAGCUUGAAGUUGCACCUUUAAAAGUUGUAUUCGAGUUUUAUUUAUUUCUUAUAUACACAAUUACUGACAAAAUCCUAUAGAAAUUUGUAUUCAAUAGCAAAACAAUGUGGUGUAAAAAUAUUGCGGAUGAUUUAAAUAGAUGAUUAAAAAGGGAAUAAUUAAUAAGAAGAAAACACCUACUCAAGGAAUACAGAUGUUAAUAUUAAGAUGUGUUGCCUACUUAUUAAAAGCCAUUUUAUUUCCA